AUGGCCAAACUUAACAUACCCUGGUCGAAUGUGAAUAGUGAAAGGGAUAUAACCAACGCACUAGUAUGGAAUCGAUGGAUACUACGAAUUCUCGGAAUCUGGCCGUUAGUAUAUUCAAAUACUACAGCCAUCGAAAAGAUAUUAUCGACGAUAUCAUUCGCGUUAUGCUGGUUCGGGAUCAAUUUUCUUUUAAUUCCCAUGGUCAUAUUUGUAUUAUCAGAACGAACGACUCUACACGACAAAAUCAAAAUGUUAGGCCCGCUAAGCUACGUAUUAAUCUCAAUGCUUAAAUACUUUUUCUUGGUGAUUCAUCAUGAGGACAUACGGCAAUGUAUUCGCGUGCUCAGUAUCGAUUGGCGUGCAGUCCAGCAGCAGGAUUAUCGAAAAAUUAUGAUUAAAAACGUGACAAGAAGCCAUGUGUUAUGCAAGUUUUGUAUAAUGAUCAUGUAUAGUGCAGGCUUGUGUUUUUAUACUGUAAUGCCGUUUCUGACACACACAAUAAUCAACGAGCAAAAUAACACUGUUAAACCAAUACCUUACCCAGGAUUCGAUAUUAUUUUCGACUUGAAUUUUACGCCGACCUACGUAUUUGUAUUUUGCCUACAAUGGUUAGCCGGUAUGGUACUUCAUAAAGUCACCACCGCAGUGUGCUGCUUGGCAGCUAUGUUUGUAGCUCACACUUGCGGUCAAAUCGAGAUCGUGACGGCCCGCAUAGAAAACUUUGUAAAAAACGCACAAAACGGUCGCAUCAAGCAACAUAUGGCAAUUAUAGUCAAACAUCAUAUGCAGUCAUUGAGCAAAGUUGGAUUUGCAUCAUAUAAAAUCGAGUGGUACCGUUUACCAGGAAAAGCUGCACUCGAUCUUACGUUAAUAAUCAGCAUAUCACAACAUCCCAUAAAAAUUACUGCAGGAAAAAUAAUUAAUCUUUCGUUCGCACUUUUUGUUCGUUAA